AUGUGCAGCUCCGACAUCUUCCUCGCGGUUCUCGCCGUGUUCUUCCCGCCCAUCGCAGUCUGGGUGAAAGUGGGACUUUGCACUGCGGACUCGGUCAUCAACCUCGCACUGUGUUGCCUUGGAUUCGUCCCGGGUCUCAUCCACGCAUGGUACAUCAUUUUCAAAAACCCCGAACCCGAUUAUGACGCCACAUCCUACGAGCCCAUCCCUGGUGGCGGGAGCCAGCGACGCGACCUCGAGAACGGAAAUGUGACUUACUACUAUGUCUCACACCAGCCUCCCCAAAACCCUACCCAGCGCGGAUACGGUACUGUGCAAGGUCAGCAGGCACCUGCGAAGAACUCGGGCGCGCAGAGCAAUCAGGAUGGUGGCAAUGGGAGCAGCAGUGCGAACCCACCGCCAACAUACGCGGAAGCCGUGAAAGGCGACAACAAGGUGCAGAGCCAGGAAUGA